AUGCCUAAAAUCAGGAAAAAAACUACCAAUAGGGCCAAGACGAAUGACCGUGCUAAGCUGAAGCAUAAAGUCAAGGAGAGUCGGAAAAAAAAAGUCAAGGCGGCGAAGAAGAAUCCUCAGUGGAAGUCAAAACAUAAGAAGGAUCCUGGUAUCCCGAAUGAUUUCCCGUAUAAAGACCAGAUUCUUGCAGAGGUUGCUGAGCAGAGGAGAGUUGCUGCAGAGGAGAAGCAGAAGCGUAAAGAGGAAAAACGACUUCUUGCUGCGCGUGCCAAAGCUGGGCUAAGCAACGAGGAAGGCGAUGAUGCCGUGUCUCAAGAGCAGAUGGAGGUGGACCACGAUGAUGAACUUGAACUGACGGGUAAAGACCGAUUGAACGUCGGCUCGGACGGGAUCGCCAGUCUCAGCGCCAAGCUGGUAAAUAAGGCUCUGAAGCCCCGGCCUAAGCCUGUUGAGGUGGAAGAGGAAGACGAGGAGGAGGAGGAAGACGACGUUCCGGUGCUUAUUAAUCGCGACCUGCCAAACUUGAAAUCGGUUCUGGACAGCGCGGACGUGAUUGUUCAAGUUCUGGAUGCGCGGGACCCGAUGUCGUGUAGGAGUCUGCAUUUGGAGAUGCUGGCGAAGGAGAGUGGGAAGAAGAUGCUGUUGGUCGUGAAUAAGAUUGACGCAUGCCCCCGCGAGGCUGUUGCAUCUUGGACUGCGUACCUUCGCUCGGAGUACCCUGCGCUUUUGUUCCGCUCUGCGACUGCGUUCUUGCCUACGGGUCCUGAGCAAGUGAAUGUCAAAGCGAAAGGAAAAGGCAAGGGAAAGGUUACAGUUCCCGCAGACGACGCUGUUGGCGUUGAUUCCGUUCUGGAAUGCCUGGGGCAGUGGGCUCAAGAAAAAAGAAACGAGGUGCCACUUACUGUCGCUGUCGUUGGUAUCACGAAUGUAGGCAAAAGCUCUUUCGUGAACUCGCUGCUACGGAAACGAGCUCUGCCCGUCUAUUCCCUCUCCUCGUCGUCUCGAGGACCGACGACUACCGAGCUCCCUCAGGAAACCACGCUGGAAGUGGCAGGGAAGCAAAUACGGUUUAUAGAUACCCCUGGACUCUCAUUUGCUGCACACGAUGAUGAAGAGGAGGGUCAUGCCCAAGACCAAAACGAAAUCCGCGGUCGGGAUAUCCUACUACGAAAUAAAGGUCGUAUAGACCGCCUCAAAGAUCCAUCCUUCCCUGUCGCGCACAUCGUGGCACGCGGAAACGCCGAAGACCUCAUGUUGCUGUACAGCAUACCUGCAUUCGCAAAAGGUGAUGCAGAGGCCUUCUUAUCGGGUGUGGCCCGCGCUAAUCAGCUAAUCAAAAAGAAAGGGCAGCUAGACUUGACAGGUGCAGCACGCAUCGUGUUGAGGGAUUGGAGUCUUGGGAAAUUGGCGAGAUAUACCACAGCCUCUGCUCCUGCGCCUUCAUCGGACAAUGCUGCCCUGGACGUGGCGAAACUUUACGCGAAUGAUGAACCUAUUUUAGCUUCUCUGAAGACGCGGAAGGAGAUGAGGAAGGCAGGGGGUGUCGUGAAAUUCUCGGCGGGAGCCGUUGAGACUAGGAAGGUGGCUGUUGAUGAGCCUUGGGUUGGGCUAGCCGGCGAGGACGACGAAGAAGGUGAGGAAAGCGAGGAAGAUGACUUGGAAGUUGGCCAGGAUGAGGAGGACGAAGAUGAGGAAUGUGAUUUAGACGAAGAGGACGACGAAGAGGAAGAGAUGGAUGAGGGAGAGGACACCGACGACGACGAAGAUGACGAAGAAGAUACCCUUCCCCCAUUCUCAAAUAAACAAAAACGAAAACGUAGCGCAGAGCCAGCACCCCCUGCACCGCCUUCAAAAAAGGUUGCGUUCGCUGCCGACCCAAAAACUUCAAAACAAGCGCGUAAAGCUGGGUCACUAAAAAUCAAAGCGCAGCAGCAGAAGCCCGCGCCCGUCCCAGCGAAGAAGGUGGAGGAACCAAAACAACCACUCAAGGCUGUGGAGACGGCGAAAUCCAAGCUUCCUGUGAAGGAGAAGAAGGUCGUGGAGAAAAAGGUCGCUAACGUGGCAGCGAAGAAGGCUAAAGGUAGUAAACCUGCGAAAUCUCCUACCACAAAAGGACCAGAGGCUUACGACUUUAGCAAGUUCUUCUGA